AUGGCGAAUGAGCAAGACUUAAACCCCCUGUCAGAUCCAGAGGAGCAAGCUGUGCUUCAUGCAGCACUGAACUCGUACCGUCAGUAUCGCCAAGCAGCGCACUACAACAUCACACAUCUCCGUCGCCAGUCUUUCUACUCUUUACCAUCUGCACAGAUAGAUCUUCUGUCCUCCCCGCCUUUCUCGCUGCCGAACACUUUCAAUGCGGUUGAUGAGGCUAUUGAUGCCAAUGCAGACAUAGCGGAAGCUAUCCUGCAAGCUGGCUUUCCGGCAUUCGGGCUUGAUGCGAGCGACGAGGACUGGAAAGGUCAAGCAUCGCCGGCAGACCUCGAUAAAGCAAGAUCUACCAUUCGCCAGCUGUAUCGCGACUGGUCUACAGAAGGCCUCCCAGAACGACAUGCGGCAUUUGCCUCCAUACUGAAGGCUCUUGAGACUCACCUGCCGGCCUCGGAGCCUGAUCAACGCUCGCGAUACCCAGUGCUUGUUCCUGGCGCGGGUCUGGGUCGCCUGGUCUUCGACAUAUGCUGUGCAGGUUACACUGUCGAAGGGAAUGAGAUAUCCUAUCAUCAGAUCCUAGCUUCAAACUACAUCCUCAACUUCACGAAGAAGGCCAGCCAACACAGCUUGUACCCGUGGGCAUUAAGCUUCAGCAACCACAUCAUUCGCGCUAACCAGCUGCAAGCUGUCGGCAUUCCUGAUGUGCAUCCCGGAGCAACUCUCGAAGCUGCCGCACUGGAGAUCCAGUCCGAGACACCAUCAGCUGAGCGAAUGUCAAUGACAGCUGGCGACUUUUGCGUCCUCUAUCGGCAACCGGAGUAUCAAGACCGCUUUGCUGCAGUGACCACAUGCUUCUUCAUCGACACUGCGCCCAACGUGAUCAGGUACAUCGAGGCGAUCAAGUUUUGCCUGCAGCCUGGUGGUGUCUGGAUCAACCUCGGACCACUUCUGUGGCAUUUCGAGUCAGCUCCAACUCCAGCUGAGCGAGACAGACUACGUGGUCGAACAAACUUGCACAACACUGAUCGGGACGAUGGUAUUGGAGAACCAGGAUCAUUCGAGUUGUCGAACGAUGAGGUCUUCGCGUUGGUCGAGAAGUACGGUUUCAAGAUGAUUGAGCACAAGGAUGCACCUCCCACAGGGUACAUUCAAGAUCCAAAGGCCAUGCUGCAGAACGUGUAUCGCCCUGUGUUCUGGGUAGCGCGGAAAAUCGCAGAGCAAACGUGA